AUGAAAAGGACGCUAAUCGACAAUGGGAGUUCGACAAACAUCCUUUUCAUGGAAGCUUUCAAGGGACUAGGUCUAAAGGAAGAAGAGCUGACUCGAAAAUCUACAUCGUUGAUAGGGUUCAGUGGGGAGGUGAAACAGACCGUUGGAGAGGUAACACUACCUGUGUACACAGGAGGUGUUAAUCGUCAAACAAAAUUCCUGAUAGUGGAUUGUGCCUCGGCCUAUAACGCGAUCAUGGGAUGUCCAUGGAUUCUUGAAAUGGGAGCAGUACCAUCAACUCUCCACCAAGUCAUCAAGUUUCCUACCCCAUGGGGAAUUAAGGAGAUAAGGGGACAACAAGAAAAUUCAAGAUCACGCUACCAGACUACUUUGAAGGGUAAAGCUAGUCAAUUAUAG